AUGCGCAGUCUUCCUCUUCUUAAUCAUAGUUGCGUCUCAUUAGAGCGCAAGCCAUUGUCUACAGCACGCUCAUUUAUCGCAAAUGAUCCCGAAUCCCAGACAAUUUAUGUUGCUUUUGAAGACAAUGAAUCGUACAUUGAGAUCAUGGCCACGGGUCUCUCUCCUAUCGAUCCUUUAGCAUUCGUUCCUAUUGCUCGCAUACCUUUGGCAUUCCAGGAAUAUUCUUCAGGAUCUAUUGUUGAUUUUACUUUCUUGUCUGAUCUUCAAGUUGCCUGUUUAAGUACUCGUCAGGGCGAUAUUAUGUUGAUCAGCAAAGAACGCUUUGAAAAGGGCGAGGAAGCGGUAGAAAAUGUCGGUACUGUCGAUGCAGGCAUCAACGCAAUGACAUGGAGUCCUGAUCAAGAUUUAGUGGUGUUGGUAACAGGCGAAAAAAAUGUGCUUGAGAUGACCCAAGACUUUGACACAAUCACAGAGUACCCCCUUCAUGUGGAGGAAGAGGGUGAAGGUGUGCAACAAAGUGUUGGCUGGGGUAAGAAGGAAACCCAGUUCCACGGAUCUGCCGGAAAAGAGGCUGCACAACAGAAAGUGGAUACCAGCAAAUUCACGGUUUCCGAGGAUGAUGAUUGUAAACCCCGUAUUUCAUGGAGAGGUGACGGUAGUCUAUUUACAAUCUCUGACAUGGAUCCUUUGAAGGAUGCUCGAGUUAUUCGUAUCUAUAACCGUGAGGGUGUGCUGCAAAAUACAAGCGAGCCAGUUGAUCGUUUAGAACAUGUUUUAGAUUGGAGACCAUCUGGAAACCUUAUUGUUUCUAGUCAAAGACUUCCUCACCGCCAUGACAUUGUCUUUUUAGAAAAGAACGGUUUACGACAUGGUGAAUUUUCAUUAAGAGAGACGGGAAAACAUAGGGUUCUGGAGGUUUCUUGGAACGCAGAUUCGACUGUCUUGGCUGUAUGGAUUGAAGCUGAAUCGGCAUCUACUGGAAAAAUGCAAAAAACUGUUCAAUUCUGGACAUCAAGUAACUAUUACUGGUACAUGAAGCAGCAUAUCGUUCUUUCCGAAGGUGCUGAUAUUGUUGGAUUUAAAUGGGAUGUUGAAUCUCCUCUGAAGGCUUAUAUUAUGAGCACAACUGGACAUUAUCAUAGCUUCAACUACACAUGGGAUGUACUCUGUAGCACAUCUGUAUCCGAAGAAAACUCUAGUUACGUUGCUAUUGUCGACGGAGCAACCGUUCUCUUGACACCAUUUGCUUAUCAGAAUGUACCUCCACCAAUGUCCUCACUAAAAGUACCUACAAAGGGCAAUGUUCUGGGUGUUACCUUUGGACCAGAACCUACAGGGACUAAAAUGGCUGUUCUUACAACAGAAAGAAUCCAGAUUUUCAGUCUUUCUGCUAAUGCUCGUGAGAACACCGUUACAGUAGGAUCACUACUCCUCCCAAAAAUUGAUUCAAAGAGUGCGGCUCACUUCCACAAUCCUAUCCGACAACUCCAAUGGAUCAAAGAGACACAAUUUGCCUAUGUGCAAUAUGAUGACGAGCUUUCUACAGACAUGUUGUGUAUUGCUACCUUUUCCCCCGAAAAGGAAGACAGUCUUACCGUGAAAUCUACCCCAAUUGAUGCUAACAUUGGUCGUAUGUACUUUAAUGUUACAAACAACGACUUGAUUGCAGAAAGCACCAAUGGAACUGUAUACGAAGUUGACAUUGGUACUGGUGACCAUCCUGUCAUUUCUGAAGCCAUCAAAUUUCCUGAUUUUUGUCCUUGGAUCGCCACAGCUCGUCUUGGUACUCAGGAGAGUGAUCUCGAGAAAAUCUUUAUUGGAUUGACUGACCGCAGCAAGCUUUACGUUAAUGAUCGUUUGAUUUCAUCCGAAUGCACUUCAUUUUUCCUUCGUAGUGACUGGAUUGUUUUCACUACAACGAGUCAUACUGCACGUUUCUUGUCUUUAAGUACAACUCUUGACGAUUUCAAACUUUCUGAUAACAUCCCCGAUGCCAAUGACGAGUCUUCGCGUCGCCUUGAACGUGGUGCAAAGAUUGUUAUUGCAACACAGCUAAAGCCUAACCUUGUCCUUCAGAUGCCUCGUGGAAACUUGGAAACAAUUAGUCCUAGAGCUUUUGUUUUGGCUUCAAUUUGUGAAGAUAUCAAAAAUCUUAACUAUCGAUCUGCCUUUAUUGCUUGUCGCCGCAAUCGUAUAGAUCUUAAUAUUCUAUACGAUGAAAAUCCUCAGCAAUUCUUUGAAAAUAUAGAACGUUUCGUUGAACAGAUCUCUGAAGUUGACUAUCUCAACUUAUUCCUCUCAAACCUUAGAAACGAAGAUACAACAACAACUAUGUACCGUAGACGUGGUCGCAUUGAUGCAUCCAAGACCGAUGUAAAAUUGGAUAUCAAGGUCAACACAAUCUGUGAAGCAGUCAGAAAUGUCCUGAUAAAGUUGGGUCGUAAACGCUAUAUCCAGUCUAUUUUGUCUACAUAUGUCAGAAGCUCGCCACCGGAUCUUGAAUCUGCUUUGAAUCUCUUGGCAGAGAUCAAAGAGGCCGACAUGAGUGAGGCUGAAGAUGCACUUAAGUAUACCAUUUUCUUGUGUAAUGCUGAUAGCCUAUAUGAUGUCGCGCUGGGAAUGUAUAACUUCUCGUUAGUCCUCAUGGUUGCUCAACAAGCCCAAAAGGAUCCUAGAGAGUAUCUGCCUUUCUUGCAAGAACUUCAAAGCUUAGAGAAAUACUAUCAACGUUUCCGCAUUGAUGACCAUUUGAAACGACAUGAUAAGGCUUUAAGAGAUCUCAGUCUUGCUGGCGACGAACUGUUUGAUGAACUUGUCGAAUACAUGAAGAAGCAUUCUCUUUAUUUGACUGCACUUAAUGUUUAUGCAAACAAACCUAAACAGAAACGAGUUAUACUGGAGGUUUAUGGAGAAUACUUAACUCAUAAAAAUGCUUACGAUGAAGCAGGAAUUGUAUUUACAUUGGCAAAUAAUCUCGAAAAGGCGCUUCAGGCAUACCGAAUGGCAGGAUCAUGGCGAGAGUCAUUCUCAUUGGCUAAACAGAUGAGCUACACUGAUGAGCAUAUCCACGCUUUGGCCUAUGACUUGAUCGAGUAUAUGAAGGAAAAACGUCGUUAUCAGGAAGCUGCAACUAUCGCAAAUGAUUAUGCCAAGGAUAUUGAAGAAGCUGUUGAUUGCCUAUUGAAGGGCAGCUUAUGGCAAGAGGCCAUUCGCAUGUCACAUACUCAUAACCGAGCUGAUCUUAUUGAGACCCAUGUGAAGCCUGGACUUAUCGAAGGUUACUCUCAGACUGAUGAAGAAAUUGAUGACAUGACAGCGCAAUUCAACAAGCAAAAACUUCGAUUGAAAGAAUUGCGCGAAAUUAAACCUGAACCCACCAAUGUUUUGCCAAAUGAUGAUACGCUUGACAAUAUUGAUAUGUUCUCUGAUACAACAUCGAUGUACAGUCAGUUCACGCGCUAUACACAGGCAACUUCUCGUGUAUCAACUGUGUCUUCCAAGGGUAGCACUAAAAGCAAGAAAACAUCGAAACUUAGAAAGCGGGAAGAACGCAAGAGAGCUCGUGGAAAGAAGGGUACUGUCUUUGAGGAAGAGUAUAUUGUCAACUCACUCAAACGUCUAUGUGAAAAGGCCAGCACAAUGCAAAAUGAUCUUAGUAACCUCCUGAGAGCAUUGGCGCCCUUUGGUUUCGUUGAGGAAGCCAGAGCUAUACAGGAUAAGUUUGAUAAAUUCCUCAAAGAAAUUACAGGCGCUAUUCCCACAAUAUUUGUUCCUUUGCAUUUGGCUACAAGUCAGUUUGCUACCCAGGAAGAAGCCAAUGAAGCACCUGCACCAGUACAAGUUGAAAAGCCGGUUAUGGCAGAUAUUCAGUGGAAACUACAGAUUCUUUAG